AUGACAACACCCAGAAGUUCUAAGAGUGGAACUUUUCCGACAGAGCCUCUGAGAGGCCCUAUUGCCAUGCAUCCCUUUCAAAGAAGCAUUCCCCAGAAGACAUCUUCAAUGAAGGACCCCACACAGAGGUUCUUCAUGAGGGAAUCUAAGGCUUUGGGAGCCGUGCAGAUUAUGAAUGGACUCUUUCACUUUGCUCUUGGUGGCCUCCUGAUGGUCCACUCAAAUGUUUAUUCACCCAUCUGUAUAUCUCUUUGGUACCCCUUCUGGGGAGGAGUUAUGUAUAUCAUCUCGGGUUCACUGUUGGCAGCAGCAAAAACAAACUCCAGGGGAUGUCUGAUCAAAGGGAAAACUGUUAUGAACUCAUUGAGUCUCUUUGCUGCAAUUUCUGGAAUAAUUCUGUUGAUCAUGGACAUAUUUAAUAUUACAAUUUCCCAUUUUUUUAAAAUGGAGAGUCUGAAUCUUAUUAAAGCACCUGUACCACUUAUCAACAUACACAAAUGCGAACCAUCUAACCCCUCUGAGAAAAAUGCGUUAUCAACCCAAUACUGUCGCAGCAUACAGUCUGUAUUCUUGGGUAUUUUUGCAGUGAUGCUGAUCUUUGCCUUCCUCCAGAAACUGGUGACAGCUGGUGUCGUUGAGAAUGAGUGGAAAAGUCUGUGCUCCAGACCCAAAACUAAUGUAGUUCUCCUGUCAGCUGGAGGAAGAAAAGAUGAUCAAAUAGAAAAACCAGAAGUGAUUGAGAUGACACAAAUACCUUCCCAACCCCAAAACGAAGAAGGCAUUGAAAUUAUUCCAGUCCAAGAAGAAGAAGAAGAAGUAGAAGUAAACUUUCCAGAACCUCCCCAAGAUCAGGAGUCCUCACCAAUAGAAAGCGAACCCUUAAAUUAAUUUUUC